ACGGCCGCCGCACUCAGCAGCCAGUGCUCUUCCAACGGUCGUGAGAGGAAGCUACGUUCGCUGGGCUCUCUGGCGCGAGGUCCAUGUGGCACUUUCUUUGUCUCGGGUGACAGCCUUAGUACUUUUUUAUUGAGAGUGAUGUCGACAAUUUAACAUUUGUGGUUUGAAUUGUACAUUGUGAUACGCUUUUUAGCGCUCCAUCGCUUAUUCUUUAUCGAGUUUCCAUGGAAAAGUACCUUAGAACUGAAUGCACAUGAUUGGAAACUGAUACGAAAUAGGAAGUUGGUGAACCAGCAUCUCUGCGCUAAUCAGUACAGGCGACCUCAGAAGAAACAGUUUCGACGGAGGUUUUCAUGCAACAAAGAAGUUAGUGUUUAGUUGACAUAACACCGCAGGCGAGAAGAGCGAGUGCUAGCAAGCGCCAAGUUUCAGCUCUGCAUCCCAAAGUGACUCAUUGAUUUUUGUCAGGGAAUGAGUGUGUAGUAAGCUCGGAGACGCACACACUCCCCUAGAUGGUAGACAGAUAACGAAGACUCGAGACCUAAUGGUUAACGCUCUGAGUCGAAAUCCAGCUCGACUCGUCGUCAUAACAGCAACACUCCUAAGGGGUUUGAGUAGAUUUGGUCAGUAUCUGGCCCUUAUAGGUUACCUAUCCGUCAGAGAUUUUCCAGGCAGGUAGUCUGAAUAGUUUUGAAGGAAAUUUCGCUGCAUAAGCCUCAGAUUUGAUUUAUAUCGGAUGUCUGAGUCUUAGGGAAGAUUUUUGCAAAGAAAUCCUGCAGAGUUCUUUGUUUACUGUGAUCACCUGUUUGCCACCUUCCGCGCGCGCUGUCCGUAGAGUUCAGAGUUACAACUAGCAUCUCGUAACAUUUACACCUUCAAGUAUAUUUACAUACACGGAGAACCACCAAUCUUCAGCCAAUAUUAUGUAUACCCGCUACGUUCCGACCUUUAAACGAUAGUCUCCAGAGAUAAGAUUGUGCUACGUGAAAAGGUGCUGAAGGUAACAGCACAAUCACCACACACAGCUGGUUAUCUGGUGACCAGCAUUCACCGUAGUCUCAUCUUGAAGAUCUCCCCGCUAGUAGUGAAAGUCACUCGUAGUGAAAGUAUGUUCUGCUCUCUGUCAAGUCGAUGCGCAUCCACGAAGCACCAUUAAUUGAAUAGCCAACCAGACUGAUAAAUCUGCAAGCUCAUAUUCCGAACUAGCUCGAAGAAAGAAGAGGAAGUGGUCAGUCAGUACAAGAAGCGAAGCGAUAACUCGCUAACCCUCGGUGGCGUAGAGAGAGAACCACAAACCGGUUCAACAAGCUCGUGACAAAACCCUGCCACCGCUACCGGUCUCUUCCACCCCCAGUCAUGACGGUCCCACAGCACGAAGUAUCUCCCAGGAAGGGGGACAUGGAAGACGAAGGCGAUGAGAGGCAGGAGGUCAAGACCAUGCCGACGCCCCCCGACGGAGGCUGGGGAUGGGUGGUCGUCUUCGCCUCCUUCAUGAUCCACGUCUUUGCUGAUGGCUUUACGUACACUUUCGGCAUCUACUUCGUCCACUUGCUGCAGUAUUACCAGUCCACGGCAGCAGCAACCUCCUGGAUCGCCUCCAUUCUCGUGGGCGUUACCCUCGGCACAGGUCCCAUCGCCGGCAUCCUGGUCAACAAAUUCGGAUGCCGCCUUGUGACCAUCGCCGGCGCCGUGUUGGCCUCGGCGGCGCUCUUCGUGUCCAUCUACGCCCCCAACGUCCAGACGCUCUACAUCACCAUCGGGUUGGGAGCAGGUCUCGGCUUCGGGUUGAUCUACCUGCCGGCGAUCGUGUGCGUGACGGGCUACUUCGAGAAGCGGAGGUCCUUCGCCACGGGCAUCGCGGUCUGCGGCUCCGGCAUUGGCACCUUCGCCUUCUCUCCCUUCGUGGAGUAUUUGAUCAAUGAACUCAGCUGGCAGAAUUCUCUGAUCAUAUUAUCAGGACUAAUGCUUAAUUGCGUCGUGUUCGGAGCGCUCUUCAGGCCCCUUGAAGACAAUACUGCCCCUGAGCCGUGUGAAUUAGACGCAGAAGACCCAACCAAUAGAGAUUUCCUCGUGUUGAAUGACAUGCCCAGGAUACAGUUCACAAGUGAUAACAGUGAGCUAAAGAAAAAUUUCAGUGAUGCCAACUUGGUUCUGCAAAGCCACACCCCAAGCAAUAUCCAGCGUAUUAGUUCUCAUGGCAACAUCAACCCCAUGCUUCAAAACCUGAAAAAUGCUGAGGCUACAAGAAUGGCCGUCUCACAACCAUUGUUGCCUGUGCCUGAGAAGCAAGGAUUUAUUUCCUCUGGCCUGGAUAGUACCCACAGCCAAGCACGGAAGAGUGGCAGCCUGCCCUCGUCCCACCAUGGCUCGGGUCUCUUGUACCGCAAGGACAUCUUCUACAGGGGUUCUUUGCUCAACAUCCAGGCAUACAAACCUUACCUUUGGAGUAGAACCCUACUUAAAAUAUGCCCAAAGAUAGAACUUGGGAUUGCAGCAUCCAAACCAAUAGAGAGUCCUCUAGUAAUUCCUACUUUCCCUCUCAGACAGAAUCCAAGCAGUUACAGGGCAUCUAUGGCCAGGCUCCCAGAUGCUGAGGAGACGCCCAGCGAAGUGGAGAAGGCAAAGGUGUGUGGAUGCGUGCCAUGCUCCAGGGAGACACGGGAUGCCAUGAAGAGCCUUAUGGACUGGGAGCUUCUUGUCGAUGGAAUCUUCAUCCUCUUUGCCUUCUCCAAUUUUUGCACGUCCAUUGGAUUCAAUGCCCCUUAUAUUUUCAUUGUGGAUCGUGCCCGACAUCUAGGCAUCUCUGACAAAGACUCCUCAUACCUGUUGGCAGUUGUCGGCAUUUCUAACACAGUGAGCCGUAUCAUGCUUGGUUAUAUUUCUGAUCAGCCUUGGGUCAAUCGCCUUUACCUCUACAAUAUAGCUCUCACCCUCUGUGGCGUUGGAACCUGCGCAAGCAUUUGGUUUUACAGCUAUGAGUCCCAGAUCUUUUAUGCAGUCGUCUUCGGAUCCAUGUCUGGUGCAUAUGUUGGACUAACAUCUGUUGUACUUGUGGAUCUGCUAGGGAUGGAAAGACUCACAAAUGCCUUUGGUCUUCUCCUUAUGUUCCAAGGCAUUGCUUCUAUUUUGGGCCCACCACUGUGUGGUGUACUCUUUGAUCAGACUGGCUCCUAUGACUACAGCUUCCUUCUUGCUGGCAGUAUGAUAGCUAUCUCAGGACUGAUGCUGUUCUUCAUCCCAUGCAUUUGGAGAAUUCAAGCAAGGAAGCUCGCCAAACAGGUUAACUCCAACACAGUGCAGUAAAUAGCCAAAAUCCUGGAAAAAAUGGUAUAAACUAAAUGUGCUUAUAGAGGUUGAUGAUGAUGGCACAACUUGUCAAAGCUUAAAGGAAGCUCAUUAUGGUUUUGCAAAACAGAUGGCUGUGUAGGAUAAAGUACUAAUGCACUACAUUUAGCCAAGUGUGAAGACUUCUAAAAGGAUUGAAUGUCUGCUCUGCAUGAAUAUGAAAAUUACAGUGCCAUUGAGCAGUUUUCUUCAGACAUUUGUAUACUUUUCAUUUUCUUUUGUUUCAUUUUUUUAAUGAUUUUACAUUAUCUUAGAAAAUGAUUUUCAUGGUAUUCAUUAACACUAUUUGACAUCAGACUCAUUAUAUCUCCUCCUCAUUGGUAUUUCUGAAGCAGUCACUCAUAUUAAGCUUUCUUAAUCAGACUAUUAGAAGUAUUGGGACCAGAUUCUAUAUUUAGAUUUAACAAAAAAAAAUCUUUGUUAUUAUGUAACUCAUUAAACAGAGACUGGUAUAUCUAGCCUCUUUAUGUGUGAUGUAGGACUAUCAAAAUAAAUGAUGGAAUUUUUUGGUGCUAAUGUUAAUGUCUUUGAGAUGUUUGUGAGAAUGCAAGACCCAUCGAGUUUGUAUACUCCUUGCAUAAUGCACUGGUCUAUUUUUUUUUGUUGAUUUUUGUUUCUUUCUUUUAAAAUUGAUUGGUAUGUAAAUAAUUACUACCUUAAGUUGUAAAUCAUUCAAUGUUCGAGGGAAUAGGAAGAGACAGAUUGAUAGCAACUUAUUGUUCUGUAUUGUGGUCAGUGCAUCAACCAUAUAAUUUUCAUGACUGAACAGUGUAAUUGGGUAUAUAUUUGAUAACCAUUGAUAGCACAGCAUUGGAAUGAUGCUUCAUACAUAUUCCUUUUUUUUUUUGCAAUUCAUAUGUCUCAUUAUGAAACAUCGUUAGUGUUAGAUAGGGAUUGAUCAUUUACAAGAUAGGUUUUUGUGUACUUCAUAUAUUCAUGUAGGGCUUUCAUUACUUUCCCUCUUUGAAUAUGCUUUAUCUGUGUACUUAUUAUUAUUUUUUUAUAUUUAUUUAAUGUGUUUCCCCUGACAAUGCAGGUCUAGAUUUUUUUAAAUCAUAAGAUUAGUUGCAAAAAAAAAAAAAAAAUGUUUUGGUUCAUUGGUUUGAAUGUAAAGAAAAAUGCUAUCUUUCUGUAGCAAUGACUUCAUUUCAAUAUUAAAAUGAAGGGCUUUCUUUUGUGUGAUACAUAUAUACAUAUAUUUUCUUCUUCUUCCUAUUCAAGUGCUUUUUAUAUCAAUUAGCCUUCAAAUGCCAAUAUUUAUUAUAGGGAAUUUAUAUGUCUGUUUGUAGUCUCACUUUCCUUAUCUCUUUCCUGUGUACCUUAUUUCAUUAACCCUUUACUGCUCAAAGGUGGGUCCAACUGGCAGAUACUCUUUGCUCAUUUCAGUAAAUAUUCUUAUAGUAAAACCUCUGUUCACUUUCAAAACAUUUAUUUCCCUCUCACUAUUUUACUUGUCUGGUUAGUCUUUAUAUGUGUUUAUGCCAUUACAAAUGUCCUUCUGGGAAUACCUGCUGACAUCUGAGAUAACAUGAUAGUAUAUGUUGCCAAUGAAUUUUCCUUCUGGGUGGUAAAGUGUUAAGACUAUCAAGAUGUGAAGCAUAUUGAUUGAUUAUUGCAAAACAUGAUGUUCAUGUGUAAAAAUAAGGAUAUUGUCAUUUUUAGAUUUACUAACAUUUUACUAAUGUACAUACUGUAUCCGUGACACAAAGGCAUGCAUAAUGUGAAAAGAAGUGUAGGUAUUAUUGUUAUAGAAAACAGUCUCACAGAAAAAAUGGUAAUUGCUAAUUCUUUGUAGUUAUUGUUAUUAUUAUCAUUGUUAUUUUGUGUUAGCAAUAUUAUUAUCAUUGUUAUUAUUAUUAUUAUUGUUUAUUAUUAUUAUUAUUAUUAUUAUUAUUAUUAUUAUUAUUACUGAUAAUAUUGCUGUUAUUAUUAUUUUUUAAAUUGUUAUUAUUAUUAUUAUUAUUAUUAUUAUUAUUAUUAUUAUUGUUUUUGUUAUGAUUGUUAUUUAUAUGAUUAUUAUUAUUACUAUUAAUAAUAUUAUUAUCAUUAUUAUUAUCAUCAUCUUUAUCAUUAUUUUUCUUAUUGAUGAAUUAUUUGUAUAAAAAAAAAAGUUAUUUUAGAAAAUAAUAAUAAAAGUGUACUUGAUAUGAUUCUUAUUUAUUUUUUAUAGGAUUACUUAAUCUUUGUUUUUGUUUUUGUUCAUGUGGCCAAAUAUAGUAUAUAUAUUUCACCCUAUAUGCUAUCUUCAUUUAUUUGUAAUUCUUACACACUAAGAAAGUAGAAAUUGAAGUUACGAAUGUGUGCAAUAUGGCCAUUGCAUCAAAGGUUAUAUAUUUUGGAUAAGGACAAUAACAACCAAAUUUACGUGUAAUAUAAGUAUAAUUCAUUGAAUAUUCCAGUGUGAUGAUGAUGAUGUGUUUGUGUUGUGUGAUUUAGAUGAUUAUAAUAUACAAGUUCAUGCAUGGAUCAUCCUCAUGCUCAUAGUACUGAGGUAAUUACUGAAGGCCUUGUGUAGCUGAAUGACUCUGGCAGUAUAUAUAGUAGAGCUGAUACGUAUAUAUGAUAUACAGUUGAUGUGUGGAUAAAUGAUCAGUUUUAUGGCCAUUUGUGGUGAGUGUGAGUACUUUACACAUAUUAUCUCACAUUCUCAAAGGGCCUUCUGAUAUCAUUUUUGGACAUAUCUGCUAUGGUUAUCAAAGACUUAUUUGAGUCAAUGAAAAUUGGGCUCUGCGAGCCCCAUACUUACUUGACACGAUAUGAUGAUGUCAUUCGUGACCAUCUUGACUUGUUCCUCUACCUCAUCUCUACCUACAGGUUCAGAAUCUGAAAAUGGGACUUGAGAGCCUUACCAACCCAAUGCUGUGAUUUUUUUUUCUUUCUUUCUUUUUAAACGAAAUUCAGAGGAAAUUACCUGUAGUUAUUCUUAUAGAUGCAUGCUCUCAUUUUUUUUCCUAUCAUUCUUAUUAGUUGUAUGUAUGUGCUAAACACACACACACACACAUGUACACGCACACCCACACCCACACGCACACCCACAUGCACACCCACACGCACACGCACACGCACACGCACACGCACACGCACACACACUCACACUCACACUCACACUUCACUCCACUUCACUUACAUACAGCAAAAAAGGCAACUCAUUUAGACUCAACUUUUAUUCUUUCUUUUUUUUCCAAAUAAGUUUUUAAUCUUCUGUUGAGUACACAGGCCAUCUGUUAGCGAGUAAAGGAUAUUGCCAGAGAAGAAAUUGAUAAUGACUAACACAAUAUUCUUUUGUCCAAGCUCAUUCUCACACUUCGGAAUUAAAAUAGUAUUCCUGUCAUGCCAUUUUUACUUCAUUUUCCAUGCCCGAUUUGAAACAUUAUAACUUAGACAACCAGCAAAAUACAGUGAAGUGAACAGUUGACAUAACAGAUUGAAAUGUUAUUUUUUAAAUAGUCGCAAGUCAUGGGAAAGAUGGGAGAUUUAUUGCGAAAUUACGAAAUGACUGGAAACAAUUAGUGGAAGAUAUUUCAUGUAUAUUUAUUUCCCAAAGAUAAUAAGCAGACAUUCCUUUUUUUAUAGGGGCUCUUAUGAUGCAAUAUUACUAUUAUUAUCUAGGAAAAAUACACAAAAAAAAAUUAAAUGGAAGAGUAAACAGAAAUUCAUAGAAUUAUUAAAUCCAUGUGCUCAAUAACUGUGCCUUCAUACAAAGAUAUACACAGUUUGAAAAUGAAAUAUUGAAAUGUACAUGCUGCUGCCAAGUUUUUGAGUUUUUGAAUUAUUCACAUGUUGAGCAGAACUUGAAAAAUAAUUUGAAAUAAGAGAUGAUAAGGAUAAAUUUACAUAUUUAACCCAUUGUUGCUGGGUAAACAUACUGUCAACUGUAGUUUUCUUUUGUGAAUUUUGUUUUCACAUAGAUGGUUCGAUAAGUGCUCAGUAAUCUAAGGAGCCAUUUGGUAUGUCUACUCGACCUCUUCUGAUUUCCACUUUCCUUGAAUUUUUAGUUUUUUUUUUUUUUUUAUGCCAUCAAUAUUGAUGUUAUUGGUACGACUGAUGUUAUAAUAAUAAUGUUAUUGAUAAUAUAAUUUUUUUUUUUUCAAUCAGGUGAUCUAGAUACAACUAGUAAUUAGUGAUAAUAUUAAUAAAAAAAAAAUCAGGUGAAAAUGAUAUAAUCAGUAAUUGGUGAUGAAGCACUUGUGGAGUCAUCUGUGUAGAGACAAUAAGCAAAAAUAUAUGGGUGACAUGGCACCUAUUCUUGCCACCUUGGCUUCAAUGAGUUCAUACUUUUGGAAAUUAUUAUGACCAAGUAGCCAAUUGAUUCAAAUAAGCAUGUUAAAAGUAUAUAAUCUGUAGGAAGCGAUAAAGUCAUAACUUGCUAGUGGUUGAAAACAAGCUGAGAGGUGGUUUUUCAUUCUUAAAUGACUAUACUUUCUGUAUACAAAAUUAAUUUACAUAGAAAAGAACAGUCAGAAUUCAUCUCUAAUAUUGAAAUUUCAUACUUGUACAACUUUCGCGUAUUGUGUUUACUUUCAUUUGAACUGGAGAGGAAUAUAUAAAUAUUUUUUUUUAGAUCACUACCAGUGGAUGAACAUUUCCUUUCAAAAGUGUAUUUACUUUGAUAUGAGAACCAGAAAAUAUAUAUUUUGAGAAUGGAGCUGCAGAAAAAUUUUGAAGCUACUCCUUUUAAAUAAUUCUAAUCAAUUGAAAAUAAAUGAAAAUACUCUUUAUUUGACUGCCUGUAACAUAUUAUUCUGAAUCUUUAGCCAGGAUGAGUGUAGUUCAUACUUUUAGGACAUUCUUUUUUUAUAUAAAUGAAGAUUUUGUUUCUAAGUGGAUUUUUUUCUAUCUUUUAUUUACAAAUAUAUAUCAUGUAGAGUAAUCCCCCCCCCCCUUUUAUUUACACAUAUGUAUCAUUUUGAGCUCGUCUUUCUUUCAUUUACACAUAUGUAUCAUGUAGAGCUCAUUGUAAAAGCAUUUCAUUUCACAGAGCUCUGAAACUCUUUCUUGAAGUGGACUGAUACUUCUUGAGAUGAAGAUUCAAAGUUCUGUGAAAACAACAGUAUGACAGGGUUGUAGGCUCAGUAUCAACUUAAUAAUUGACCUGAUCCUAGUAUCUCUGCUGCAUGUUGCUCUUCUAAGUACUUCCAUAUGUAAGGUGGGUGAGUUUGUUGGCAAACUGUGCCAAUGAAUUUCUGAUUUUUUUUAAUAUGAAUAUUAAAAUAUGGUGCCUAUAUAUAUAA